UUUGGAAUUGCUGUAAUACAACUACCCUAUAAUUUUGCCCUCAAGCAAACCAAAACCACACUUAGGUGGUUUAUAUAUUAUCGUCUGCCGCCUCCCUCGCUCUCUCUGGCUGAAUCCCGUCGAAAAUAUUCAUACACAGUUCAGUACGAAACCUAAUUAUGCCACGGACAACGACGGUGGAUAGCCCUGGCUGCCCUUCUCUCCGAGCCUUAACCUUCGACGCCCUCGGCCUUGUCAAAGUUAUUGAGGCACAUGAUGGAGAGAGCGGAGGUGCUGCGAAGAUGGUGGAGAGGUGGGGCGAACCGGAUGCAUCUAAAUGCGUGCUUGCAGUUUCCAUGGUCGACCGAGAGUCUGACCCACUGGUCGGUAUUGCAAGGAAAUGUGGUUCUGUUGAGGUGAUUAGUGCUAUUAAUGGGGAUCUUCGGGCUCAAAUACCGAACUUGCAUCCAUCUGCAGCAACUCCCGAGGAAGAUGCCAUCGUUGGUUUGCAUUUGUUUUCAAAACAUCAGCCCGAGUCAUCAUCAAGGUCAUGUACAUUGCUUACCUGCACGACAAAAGGGCGUGCCAGUAUGGAAUCUCUUGAGUUUGGCAGAACUGUAGCAGAUUUUGUUCGUGAUUCCUCACCAACAGUGUGGAAUGUAUGCGGAUCAGGUGAUAUUUUAUGUUCAAAAGUGGAUGGAAAAGAGAAUUAUGCUUUGUUUGGAGGGAAGGGCGUUGAAGUUAAUGUAUGGGAUCUUCAAAAGUGUGUUAAGAUCUGGACAGCAAAAUCUCCCCCAAAAGACAGUCUUGGAAUAUUCACCCAAUCUUGGUUUACAUCUGCAACCUUUUUGUGUAAAGAUGAUCACCGCAAAUUCGUCGCUGGCACAAAGUCUCAUCAGGUUCGUCUAUAUGAUAUUGCGGCUCAGAGAAGGCCCGUGAUGUCAAUUGAUUUCAGAGAAACCCCAAUUAAGGCAGUCUCUGAAGAUAUUGAUGGUCAUACAAUUUACAUAGGAAAUGGCUCGGGUGACCUUGCUUCUAUCGACACACGAACAGGGAAACUUUUGGGAUGCUUUAUUGGAAAAUGUUCUGGAAGUAUAAGAUCCAUAGUGAGGCAUCCUGAACUCCCUGUGAUUGCUUCAUGUGGUCUCGAUAGGUACUUGCGCAUUUGGGACAUAGAGUCGAGGCAACUUCUGUCAGCAGUUUUCUUGAAGCAACAUCUUUCUGCUAUUGUUUUUGAUUCACAUUUCCAUAACAAAGUUGCUUUGGAUCCUACUGCACAAGUUACAAAUACGGUAGACAUAGCUGAUGCUGAAGCACAUCCUGCCAAAAGGAAAAAGGAAUCUAGAGAAGAUUGUCCAAGUAGGAAGAAGAAAUCUAAGAGUAGCAGGAAAAGGUCUAAAGUUGAAGAAGAUUGACAUGUCAUUAGCUGGAAAUGACUCUGAAUAUUUUCCUAAAAGAAGCUUAAACUUGUCCAUCCUUGUCGAUUUCAAAGAUAUUUUCAUUCCAUGCCAGAUUUCCGUAAGAGGGUCUAAUCUGAGGAUGCAAAGGGCCUCGUAUGAGAAUUAGUUGAGCUACUACAAGUGUUUGAGACUUUUGUGUUGUAUUAGUGAGAAAUAUUUACCCUAUGUUCCUACUGUUUUGUCUUCGAUUGUAUCCUGCAUACUGAGAGUAUUCGAAAGUGAGGCUUUUUUUGGUAUUGCUGAAGUUGAAAUGCGCGAAUUGUACUCAAGAGGUUUUUCUACCCUAACAACAAAAAUCCAAGUUAACUGGACAAGAACAAAANAA